GGGCCAGCUGCCGGAGCCGUGGGCGCGCCGAGCUGAGCCACCCAGGGAGGGCUCUCGCACUACCGGCCGCAAGGCUGGUUUUCCCCAUCCAUCGCCACUUAAAGGGGGAAAAAAGCACGCUUAUGUUUGGGCCCGAAUCAGGCCUUAAAUCUAUGCAGAAGAGCGACUCAGAGAGAGGCAGCGGAAGCCAGGGCACCCACUCAGGGGAGGGUGGAAAGCGCUUAUCAGAUCUCUUGGCCCGCUGCGGGCGAUAGCGUUGGUAACCCGAGUAGAGUAAAUAGAGACACGUGGGUGCUGGCGAGAGCGAGCCGCGAGCGGGACCUCGCGGAAGGGCUAUUUCAGGCCUCGCAGAGAGCUUCAGAAGUGGGGGAGGCGGAUGGACCCUGAUACCCGACACUCCACUGGCCACCGUUGUUCAACAACUGGGAGACCCUUUGGAGGAAAUCCGGUAGAAAAGUCCUGACACUCAAUGGUUUCACCAACGCUUUUUCCCUCCAAAGAAAUUUGGAGGGUAUAUUCUUUUUCCUUAAAUGGCAUCCUUCUGCCCCCCAAAAGAAAGCCUGUGGUUUUGGGGGCGGAGACAUUUUGUGUUUUAAACAGCAAGUUUAAGAGCACCUCAGAAUUACCUUCUUUAUCCCAAUGGCAGGGGUGGCCAGACAAGGACAAACCUCUCAGGAGUCCUACCAUGACAAGGCCAGAGAACAUCCUGAUGAUGGAAAGCAUCCAGAUGGAGGUCUCUACAAUAAGGGACCCUCUUACUCGAGUUAUUCUGGAUAUAUAAUGAUGCCAAAUAUGAAUAAUGACCCAUACAUGUCAAAUGGAUCUCUUUCUCCACCCAUCCCGAGAACAUCAAAUAAAGUGCCCGUGGUGCAGCCAUCCCAUGCGGUCCAUCCUCUCACCCCUCUCAUCACCUACAGCGACGAGCACUUUUCUCCAGGAUCACACCCGUCACACAUCCCAUCAGAUGUCAACUCCAAACAAGGCAUGUCCAGACAUCCUCCAGCUCCCGAGAUUCCUACGUUUUAUCCCCUGUCUCCGGGUGGUGUUGGACAGAUUACCCCACCUCUUGGCUGGCAAGGUCAGCCUGUGUAUCCCAUCACGGGAGGCUUCAGGCAGCCCUACCCGUCCUCACUGUCAGUCGACACUUCCAUGUCCAGGUUUUCUCAUCAUAUGAUUCCCGGUCCUCCUGGCCCCCACACAACUGGCAUCCCUCAUCCAGCCAUCGUAACGCCUCAGGUCAAACAGGAACACCCCCACGCUGACAGCGACCUAAUGCACGUGAAGCCUCAGCAUGAACAGAGAAAGGAGCAGGAGCCAAAAAGACCUCACAUUAAAAAGCCUCUGAAUGCUUUUAUGUUAUACAUGAAAGAAAUGAGAGCGAACGUCGUAGCUGAGUGUACUCUAAAGGAAAGUGCAGCUAUCAACCAGAUUCUAGGCAGAAGGUGGCAUGCCCUCUCUCGUGAAGAGCAGGCUAAAUAUUAUGAAUUAGCGCGGAAGGAAAGACAGCUACAUAUGCAGCUCUAUCCAGGCUGGUCUGCAAGAGACAAUUAUGGUAAGAAAAAGAAGAGGAAGAGAGAGAAGCUGCAGGAAUCCACAUCAGGUACAGGUCCAAGAAUGACAGCUGCCUACAUCUGAAACAUGGUGGAAAACGAAGCUCAUUCCCAACAUGCAAAGCCAAGGCAGCGACCCCGGGACCUCUCCUGGAGAUGGAAGCUUGUUGAAAACCCAGACUGUCUCCACGGCUUGCCCAGUUGACCCCAAAGGAGAAAAUAACACCAACUUCACCCUGAGGUCACUGCUAGAGACGCUGAUCCAUAAAGACAAUCACUGCCAACCCCCUUUCAUCUACUGCAAGAGCCAAGUUCCACAAGAAAGCAUACAAGGUUUUUUUAAAAGAAAAAUUAAAAAGCACAUGAGAAUGCUGGCAGGCCCUGGGCCAGCUGAGCCGCUUUCCUCCCGUCUCCGCCGUGCACUUCCCAGAGCACCCUGCAUCCGUAUCUGCAACCUUCUGGCAAGGACAGUACCUGGGCUGCUUUCGCCUGCCCCAAGCACCUGCACACUGGGCGCGGCUGCAGCGGUCAGCGUCCCCGCAGGGAUGUGGGGAAGAGUUCCCUCUGUUUCUGGCUUCAUGUUUCUUUUUCUUCUCAAGCUUUUAUUUAACAGUGCAAAAGGAUCUAUCUUGUUUGCUUCUUUUUUUAAACUUGAAUUUUUUUUAAUUUACACUUCUUUUAUUUUUCUUGUAUAUUUUGCUAGCUAUGAGCUUUUUAAGUAAAAUUCAAAGAUCUUGAACUGUUUGAAAUAAAAACGAAAUGAAAAGAAGCCUCCUUCUUCUGAGAGAGAUCUCGUCUGCUAAGUGGCUUCUCCGUGAAUUACCUGUAACAAUAGUGGCCUCUCUGUCUUUGUAAGGUGUCUGAUAGAACUAAAUAAACAUAACAGCCAAUCCACUCUGUGGGUAGCAGUUGGCAGUCCUCUUUAUUUUUCUUAUGAUCUCUUUUUUUAAAUGGUAAACCUUACCAGAUACUUUCAGCAGACCAGUUUGCAGUGAAUUUUCAUUUUUUUCCUUCUCAACCCUUGUUGUAAAAAGCCCAGCACUUGAACUGUUAUUACUUUAAAUGUUCUGUAUUUGUAUCUGUUUUUAUUAGCCAAUUAGUGGGAUUUUAUGCCAGUUGUUAAAAUGAGCAUUGAUGUACCCAUUUUUUUUUUCUAAGUAGCAAGGCACAGCCUUUGCCCCAAACUGUCAAUCUAACGUUUGUCAUUCCAGUUUGAGUUAACGUGCUGAGCAUUUUUUAAAAGAAGCUUUGUAAUAAAACAUUUAAAAAGUU